AUACUGAUGAUGCGGCUGUCUCGUCAUUUCUGAAGAGAGGGCGCUGGGAAUCGACAACAGAACAGAAAAAAAGGAAAGCACCUUCCGACAAUAUACAGUACCUGCAAUCAUAUUCGUAUAUAUGCACUGGGAGCGCACAGAAAAAAAAAACAAAGUAGGCCCUGUUUGAUGCCCCGGCCUGUGGUGAGGUUGUGAGGCCGGAUAGGCUGGGAGUGUCUUCUGCACAGACAGGGAAAUCCGUCCCUUGAAAGGACUGCGUCUAUGACCUUCCUGUUUGACAGAAGAGAUGUACCCUCCAAUGAGAAAGGAUUUCAUAUCUUUAACCGUCUCUAAGCAGGACAGCAGGACCUACAACAACAGCAAGAACUGGCGCAGGAAGUCUUGCUGGAGGAAAUGGAAGCAGCUUUCGAGGUUGCAGAGAAGCCUGAUUCUCUUCCUGCUUGCUUUCCUGUUGUUUUGUGCGUUAGCGACCUACCCGAACCUGGCAGAACACUGGAGAGCUCUUACAGAGAGAUCGGUGCAAGAGGAAUGGAGUGCCCUGGACAUUCCAGAGCUAAAACCUGUGAACCCAGCUGUGAUCCCAGAACAAGAGAGGUCGAUUGGACUUAUCUUCCCAGAGCCCCCUCCACAGAAACCUAAAAAAGCCCCCUCGAACAAACGAGGGCCACCUAUGUUACUGCACCGGCUUGUGAAGAGAGAGAACGCAUCGGAAACGAAAGAGAAAGAGGGACAGGCAGCGAAUGGGGAGGAGGAGGGAGAGAAGUCCCUUGUCAGCUGGCGUGGGGCGAUGAUUGAAGCCGAGCGCGGGACCGAGCCACAGCCUUCUGCCAAGGAGGAGGGAGCGGUGGAUCCUGCAGCGAACGGGGAGGCAGCACAGGAAAGACCAGCUGCUGCUGCAAACGAGCGCCAGAAGGCAGUGGUAGAAGCGUUCCAGCAUGCCUGGAAAGGCUACAAGGAAUUCGCCUGGGGUCAGGAUGAGUUGAAGCCCAUCUCGAAAUCCUACGGCACGUGGUUUGGGCUGGGGCUGACUCUCGUGGAUGCGCUGGACACCAUGUGGAUUAUAGGACUGAAAGAAGAAUUUGAAGAAGCUAAAAAAUGGGUGGCCACCGAGCUGCAGUUUACCAAGAAUGUGGACGUGAACCUGUUUGAGAGCACCAUCCGAAUAUUGGGGGGACUGCUGAGCACCUAUCACCUGACCGGAGAGGACCUCUUCCUGGAGAAAGCAAAAGAUAUAGGAACCAGACUGAUGCCUGCCUUCAACACCCCGUCCAAGAUCCCGUACUCUGACGUGAAUCUUGGCCGCGGCACGGCGCACCCGCCUCGCUGGACCUCCGACAGCACGGUCGCCGAGGUGACGAGCAUCCAGCUGGAGUUCCGGGACCUGAGCCAGACCACGGGGGACAGCCAGUUCCAGAAAGCUGUGGAUGUCGUGACGAAGCACGUGCACGGGCUGUCUGGGAAGCACGACGGCCUGGUGCCCAUGUUCAUCAACACCAACAACGGGCAGUUCAGCCACCUGGGCGUGUACACGCUGGGAGCACGGGCAGACAGCUACUACGAGUACCUGCUCAAGCAGUGGAUCCAGGGGGGCAAGAAGGAGACAGAAUUGUUAGAAGACUAUGUGCAGGCGAUUGAGGGAGUCAAAAAGCAUUUGCUGCGCAAAUCUCAGCCCAGUCAACUGACUUUUGUGGGAGAACUAGCGCACAACAACUUCAGCCCAAAGAUGGACCACCUGGUGUGUUUCUUGCCCGGGACCCUGGCUCUGGGGGCCCACCACGGCGUCUCCUCUGAGCACAUGGAGUUGGCCAAAGCCAUGAUGGACACGUGCUACCAGAUGUACGCUCAAAUGGAGACGGGCCUGAGCCCCGAGAUCGUGCACUUCAACCUCGUCCCACGGCAUGGACGGGACGUGGAGGUCAAGCCCGCUGACAGACACAACCUGCUGAGGCCGGAGACGGUGGAAAGCCUGUUCUACCUGUACAGGUUUACAAGGGACAAGAAGUACCAGGACUGGGGCUGGGAGAUCUUCCAGAACUUCAACAAGCACACCAGGGUGUCUACAGGAGGAUACACGUCCAUCGGCAACGUCCGCAACCCGGACAACCCUGACCCCAGGGACAAGAUGGAGAGCUUUUUCCUGGGGGAGACUCUGAAAUAUUUCUACCUGCUGUUCUCGGAAGACUUUGACUUGAUAAACCUGGACAAGUUUGUCUUUAACACUGAAGCACACCCCUUGCCUAUCUGGACGUCUUCGUAAAGGUGCGACGCUGCAGAAGGAAACUUGUGACUGCAGUCUUGAACUGUUUUUCUUUUUUGCAGUCAUCACAGUUAUCUCAGCUGUCAAGGGGGCUAGAGAAAAAAAAAUACCCCCACCCCAUCCCAAGACCAAAGGCUGUCGUUUUUCCAUUCAGAGCGAGUUUGUGGAGCAGUUUAAUAAUCACAUUUGACAUACCCGUCAUAGACUUUAACAGAAUAUCCAUCCAGGUUUCAUAUCUGUGGAUCUCAAAAAACAUAAAUGUGACGACGUGACAGAGUGAGGACAAUGUGGUGGUGGUGGGGGGUUCUUAAAUAAUUUAUUUUUAAUGUCAGUAAUAAUCUUUAGCUCCGGAAGUUUAGUAUGAAGAAGAUUCUGCAAAUAAACUGGUGCAAACCACAAAAUUACUGUGCAUGCCGUGAUCUGAGAAAAUGACCGGUUUUGACAAGAAUGUAUAUUGCAAGAUAAUGGUUUUAAGUUCCAUUUACUGGCUUGGUCCUGAGAAAAUAAAUAAAUAAAUAAAUAAAUAAAUAAAUAGAAAAACAUUUAAGAGAGUGAAACAUUUAGUUAAAAUAGUUUACUUGCAGAAAUGAAUAAAGGAAGUUCAGAAUAAGCCAGGGACUGAUUUUAUACUGCCAUUUCUAGUCCAGCCCAAACUCUGUGGAGAAGCUUGCAGACAAUCUUUCUAUUUAAAAACAAAAACAAAACAAAACCUUGAACAGAAACCCUUUCUAAACUGAGCUACUCACUUUCUUGCAAGGAUGCAAGUGCGGUUCAUUCACGGGCCUUGGCGGUACUGUGACUAGAAAGAACAUAUUCAUCCAGCUUUAAGAUUGCUGGACCUAUUUUCUUAAGUGUUUGGUGUGAAGAAACAAAGAGUCCUUGUUGGAUUCUGGUUCUGAAAAGGACCUUUGUCAGAACCUGUUCCAAGAACCACACACUGGCAUUAUUCAUUUUGCUGUUGCUUUUUGAAUCCGCUACGGGCUGUAAUUAUCGUCACACGAGCUAGAGGAGUUUCUGUACAGUACCUGCCACAGGUGACAUUGUUAAGGUGUUCUGUUGUAGGAAAUUUCAUGAAGGAGGCGGGAUCAGUUUUUCUUCAGGUAACUUGCACGCUGUGAAAAUGCUGUGCGGUCAUUUACAGUACGUGACCAAAACUCUUGCCAUUUAUUUGGGGGGCGGUGGGGGUGCUAUUUAUUGUAUUUCUCUCCGACACGCAUUUUGUACAAUACAGUAAACUGCAUCUUUUUUUUUUUUCUUCUACCUUAAUUUCCAAGCAUGUGGACCAGUGUCUGGCGAUUGCCAGUAGGACACAAUAACUUGCUUCUGCUCUAAUUUGUUAAUGAGCUCUUUUGGCACUUGUUGGGAAUUUGCAAUACUGUAAGCAAGAUAUUGUAAAUGUAAUAUAAUUGCAUUGAUCACUACAGUUUGGCUUUUCUAAUGGGACACCUUGCCAUGUUAGUUCCAUUAAAAAAAAACACCUCUGUAUAGAGGUUUAAACACAAUCCUUUGGGCAGCGUUCCAUCCUGGUUCACUGCUGUAGGGCCCUAUUCAUACAGGUAAGGACUGUUCUGUUCUGCUUGUUUAAGUCUGUAAAAACAGUCCUUGAAAUUUUACGAACAGUGCCCAUUUUAUUUAUCUGUUUGUUAGAACAGCUUUUAUAUUGUAAUUUCUAUCUUGUGUACAGUUGGCGAGGUUCAGUCCAAGUACUUGUGUUCAUGCCCGUGCCAUAUUCUCUGUGGCAGAGAUGCUGUGCGCUCUGAGCCCAUGUCGUUUUGCACGUCGUGGCGGCAUUUCACUUUUGUUUAUAAUGUUAUACAGUUCGUUCCUGCCUCGCACUUGCUGCUACAAUCCAUUUCAAUUAGAAGCAGACUACAAAAGAUGAGGUUUUCAGUGCCAUCCAAACUGCAGGCGAGCCAGUCUUGCUGUAUUGCACAGAGACAUGUUCCCGAGUACAGAUUACAGUAGUACUGAACUGGCUUGCUUAAUGGGAAUCUGCCAAACCAAGUGGCGUCUACCUACAGUACAAGAACUGGCCCUGAACACUAAAGCCAUUCAGUUUGAAGCUUUACCGAUGGGUUGCUUUUGUGUAAAGUAUUUUAGUUUAAGCAAACCUGUGUAGAGAACCUGAAAUGCCUCAUGCAAUGUGUUGCUUGUAUCUAUUUAAAAAAAAAAAAAAAAAAAAAAAACACAUGUA